AUGAGCGGGACAAGCGCGCUGUAUGUACGCCUUGUGCGCAUGAUCGAUACAACAACAACAUACGUCGGCAUGCCCACGACGACUUCAGCGACGAUACUGAUUACGAGUGUCCAGAAGGAAUACUUCACUCUGAGUCGGACACAACGAUUUAUGGGCUUUGGGAUUUGCAUGUUUUUUGGGAUAUUGUGUUUUAUUCUAUCCUUCCUCUAUAUACCUAUAUUAUUGCUACAAGCCAGAAAAUUUGCCUUAUUAUUCACAUUGGGGAGUUUAUUCUUCAUAUUUAGUUUCAGUUUCCUGUAUGGUCCCUGGUCUCACUUCAAAUCGCUAUUCAGUAAGGAGCGUGCGCUAACUACCUCAUUAUAUGGGUUCACUCUAAUCGCAACACUUUAUUGCGCUCUGCAUCUCCAGAGCACCUCCUUAACCAUUGUAUGUGCCGUUGGUCAAGUUCUGGCGCUGCUGUGGAUGAUGAUGGGUUCUAUUCCUGGGGGCUCGUCAGGAAUGAGGUUCUUUGGAAACGAGGCGCUCACCUGCAACGUGUGCGAUCGCUCGUUCUCAACCAGACGUCAGCUUAGCGACCAUCAACAGAAGAAACGACACUUCGGGUGCAGCUCGUGCGACAGCCUGUUCCCCUCGCUGAUGGCGCUUGAGCACCACAAGGAGGAGUUCCAGCACUGGAGUGACUCCUCCUAUUGCUCUCACUCGGACAGCGAGGACAGCGACGACUGUCACGAGGACCGUCACCGCUUACUC